UAUGAACCCUAAAACUACGAGAAGACUGUUCUCGAUGCGGAAGAGAAUUCAGCUCGGAAGCUGAAGGAACCUGAAAACGUACAAAGAUUUCUUAAUCUCAGUGUUCCGACAAAACAGACAUAGUUUUGAGCAACAGAUUAAUGCUGCAGGGAUAAGCUACUGUACGAAAUUAUAUCAAAUUCUAAAGGAAACUAAAUUGAUGACUCCUUCUAUUGCUAGUAAUCUUCCUUACAGAGUCCAUCUCCUGAAUCUUGACAGGGCUUCAAAAUCGCCAGAAAAUGUAAAAGAGAGGUUGGAAGCCAUCCAGACGAUGCAGGUCGAUGGGAAUGUGCAGAAGCUCUACAAAAAUCUCAUAUCUGACUGUCAUCUUCUUUCGAAGCAGGAGUUUGACAACAUGGAUGACUUCAUCAAAACCAAGCUCAAUUAUUCCAGAAGGCUAACCGAAUUCUUUGAUAUAGAUGAAGAUAUUGAGAAAAAGAAGGAACGCACUGAGACAAUUGGAGGGAUUCAUGAGUUAAUUCUUCAAGAGACUGGAAUCGACAAAGAAACUAGAGACAAACACUAUGAGUUUGAAAUCAGCCAAAUUGAGCAAGAAUAUACUGUAAAACAUCUGAAGAAUGGAACCACAGUCACCUUCGUCCAGACUGUAGACCAUGAUAUUGAAUCAUUAGAGCGUGAAAUUUCUAAACAGUAUAGUAUUGGCCCAGAUGUAGUGCUUAUUGAUCAAAAACCUUACUAUAAAGACCUUAUGAGGUGGCAUUACUCCUCAGAUGUGUCUAAAAAUCAACAUUCUCUAAACUAUGACCACUCUAAGAGGUUCUUUGACUCUGCAAAAGAGCUAAAGGAGUACUUUCAUGUGCUAUUGAAAGACUCGAAAGACUUUAAAGUCGAGCAGCAGAGUAGGAUCAUUUAUGAAAACUGCUUCAAGACCAAACAGAUUAAUAUUGGAUAUAGCAUCUUGCUCAAUAUACUAUUUGUUAUGGGAAAAGGAAAUCUAGAUAUCAAGACUGGACUCAUUAGCCCUACUCUCAACGAACUUAUGCAGUAUUAUGUCACCAAUAUGGAACUUGAGGGAGCAAAGGAUGCUUAUAAGGUUAUACAGCAUAGAAUUUUUAUCGAUAGGCUAGAUUAUGUACUUAAUAAAUGCUUCAAAAAGAAGGGAUGAGUGAAAUGAAAUCCUAUUAAGAUAUCAACAGCUCCUUCUAGUGUAUAUUCAUUUAUCACAGAUUAUGAACUUGACAGAUCUAUUUUCUACAAUACAAUGGCUAAGAAUAUCAGUCGUUCUGUAAAUACUUCUCCUGAUAAAACUAAAAUAAGAGUAUUGAUCAGUAGCAAGUCAAAUAGCUUGCAAAGUUUUCUGUCUUAUAUAAAAUACUACACAAAUUCAGGCUCAAAUCCUUACUCUCAGCCAGCCUCAAUACCUUCCUUAUCAGUAGAGCAGGUCAACACUCUAUUGUAUCUUCGUGCGAUCUUCAGUGAGGACAAGGAGCAUGUGUACGAAAUGGAUAAGCUCUUCUCAGACCCAGAGAGUGGGGAUCGCUACAAGGAGUUUUAUCACAAACUUGCAAGUGAGAUCACCAAUAAUCACCUUCUUAGUGCCUGGCCAGGCGCUAAGAAGGACUACCAGUGAUAUCCUAUCAAUAUGGUGAAUAACUGCAGCAUGCCUGUUACUGAAAGAACCCCUACUUUUGUAUAAUCCAAUCUAGAAUACUUAUUCU